CUAUUCUCUCUACCCUCUUCAAUUUCUCCCUCUUUUGAUCUUACAGCUUCUUUAUCCUCUCAUUCCCUUGCUGCUUGUAUCAAAUUAUUGUUCCCACGUUCCUUACCUGUGGCUGACGACGAUGUGGUUCUCACCGUCACCAGUCUCGGCCGGAACGUUGGCCUUCCUCCUGCUGUCUCCGGCAACGGCGUUACAAGUGAACGGCGGCUCUGACAGGUUGAACUCAUACCUGGCGGCACACCCAGUCGCAACAAAGCCUGCCGCCACUGCCGCCCCGGCAUCCGCCAACCCCAACACACUUGCUCCAGAGCUGGUGAACUUGGCGCUCAGUCACUGCCCAGCAGGAUGCGAUGAGUCCGGCUUGCGUCCGGGAAACUGGACCCUGUACCCCCGACUGGGUCGGUUGUUGAUGUGCAACCAGACGAUGCUGCUCGACUUCUCCCUAUUCACGUCUCUGCGCAAGGAUGAGACUAUUCGAGCUUGCACUGCCAGUUCUGCAAUCACGUUGGGCGCAAGCAACAUCGGAAACACCACUCAUGAGGCAUCUUGCCUGCCCGGCGGCAGCUUGACCCAGGUCCAAGAGUCACUGCAAUUGGCUUUCAACGAGACCGACACCCCAGCCACGCUAGAGGACUUCGACGCCGCCGCACAACAACUCAUCGCCAUGCUGUCCCAACGAGAAGACUCGAGCUGCAAAGACACAACCUCCUUCGCCUAUUCCAACUCCGUGGCUGUCGGUCUCUUCGCCGGAUCAGGAGUCCGUGGCAUCCCGGCAACUGUGCUCCAGCAGCUCACCUCGAAGAUAAAGACCACCGGUUUCUCGGGAAGCUUUGUUGUGCAGCUGUGUUCCAAGGGCGGCCGGAGCUCGAAAUACAGCUUCGGCAUUGUCGCGAGCGGAGAUCGCGAUGUAAGCCUUGUCCAAGAUGCUGUCGCCACAUGGGCGUCGGGCAAAUGCAUCACUUCCUUUGACGACGCAGAAGAUUGGCUUGACAUCACACUGUCCGUACCGAGUCUUGUCAGCAGCAGCACCGCUGGACUCGGAAACAGCACUGCCGGCUUCGGAAACAGCACUGCCCGUGCCACCCGGUCAAGAGAUGGCAGUUCGGCUAUGUUGAAUCGACGAGCUGAGUGUUCGACGAUCCAGGUUUCCUCUGGUGAUACUUGCGAAUCUUUGGCAGCCGAGUGCGGCAUCUCCCCUUACGACUUCACCGUCUAUAACCCCAGUAGCACACUCUGCUCGACUCUGGUAGCAGGCCAGCACGUCUGCUGCUCCGCCGGCACGAUGCCCGAUUUCCGCCCGCAGCCGAACCCUGACGGAACCUGCGCCGCGCACUACGUCGUACCAGGCGAGAGCUGCUCGGUUCUUGGCGCAGCGAACAGCCUCACGAAUGCUGAGAUCGAGAGCUUCAACACUAAUACUUGGGGCUGGCAGGGCUGCGGAAAUGUACAGGCGUACCAGUUCAUCUGCCUGAGCACGGGCGCGCCGCCCAUGCCCGCGCCGAUUGCGAAUGCUGUCUGCGGACCACAAAAGCCGGGAACGGUACAGCCAGGGCCGGGUAUCAGUCUUGCGAGCUUGAAUCCUUGUCCGCUCAACGCGUGCUGUAACAAACACGGCCAAUGCGGCAUCAACAAUGACUUUUGCACCGAAUCCGAGUCGGAAACAGGCGCACCCGGAACUUCAGCUCCGGGCGAGAAUGGCUGCAUUUCGAACUGUGGAACUGACAUCGUCAUCGGUUCUGCCCCAGCCCAGUACAUGAACAUUGGCUACUUUGAAGGCUACAACCUAAACCGUCCCUGCCUAAACAUGAAGAUCACUGCCAUGGACUUGACGCCCUACACGCACAUCCAUCUAGCAUUUGGCCACGUCUCCUCGACCUACGCCGUCGAUGUUAGCCCAAUCCAAGAGCAGUGGGAGCUGUUCACGCAGUUGUCUGGCUUCAAAAAGAUCCUGUCUCUCGGCGGUUGGAGCUUCUCCGCCGAACCGCCCACGUAUCACAUUUUCCGCGACGCGGUCAAGCCGGCCAAUCAGGACACGUUUGUCGCAAACAUCGUCUCGUUUGUGACAGAGCAUGAGCUGGAUGGCAUUGAUAUUGACUGGGAAUACCCUGCUGCACCAGACAUACCUGGCAUUCCACCAGGAACCGCCGAGGAUGCGGACAAUUACCUCACUUUCUUCACAAAGCUGAGGGCAGCCAUGCCUUCUAGCAAGUCGGUCUCUUUCUGUGCGCCCGCUUCAUUCUGGUACCUGAAAGGGUACCACAUCGACGAGAUGGCAGCCCUAGCUGAUUACAUCGUCUACAUGACUUAUGAUCUCCAUGGCCAGUGGGACUACGCGAACCAGCACGCAAUCGACGGCUGCCCAGCCGGCAACUGUCUGCGUUCGCAGACCAACAUCACCGAGACCCUUCUCGCCCUGGCUAUGAUCACCAAAGCCGGCGUACCAUCAAGCAAGCUUGCUGUUGGUGUCACGAGCUACGGCCGCUCGUUCCAGAUGACAACCCCCGGGUGUACCGGGCCCAUGUGCACCUACACUGGCGGAGAGUCCGGAGCCUAUCCGGGGCCGUGCACAGGAACCGCAGGUUAUAUCGCGAAUGCAGAGAUCAACGCCAUCCUGGAUGGGACCGGAUUUUGGAAAACACCAUCCGGAGCAUUGCAGCCGAUUACAUCCUACUCGUCUUAUUUCGACACCGACAGCCACUCCAAUGUCGCCGUAUAUGAGUCGACACAGUGGGUCGGCUACAUGGACAACACUGUGAAGGCAGAUCGGACAGCCCUCUACAAACUCCUCCACAUGGGUGGAGUUGUUGACUGGGCGAUUGAUCUGGAUGGCUUCGGUGGAGAUUCCAUUGGUGACUCUGACCCCUCUGCCGAUAUCGUGUACCCCCCCCCGAGCAUCUGGGACUCCAGCGAUCCGUGGACGGGCUGUAGUCCUCCCUGCGUAAUUGUCUUCCCGCCAUAUCCCCUGAGUGCUCCUCACACUGUGACCAGCUGGCCGGCUUUGACAACAACGCUCCUGUCGUCGGCAGAAGGCGGCGGUGGCGUCUUCAUCAAGACGACGACAAUCCCCGUUCCGAGCUUUAUCAUCUCAGACGUCAGUCUUCACCCAGUGACACUGCAGUCUACCGACACGGCAACCUACAAAAUCAACCCUGUCCAAAGCAUCACCCCGACAUCUUUUGUGUGGACUCUUCCUCCGAACCAUGCGACUUUCCCCGUAGCUUCUCCAACACCAACGACGUCCACAGACACCGAUAUACCACUAGUCAUCAUCCCCCCCGUCACCUUCCACCCGACUCCUGUCCCCGUCACCAUCCAACCCCAGCCAACAUAUUCGAUCGACUACCCUGAUCCCCCAAUCCCAGUGAGACCUGUCACGAUCAAGCCCAAUCCCACCCCUACACCUCCCGGCUGCACUUCCGGCUGCGGAAAGCGAGACUGUGGCAUAUUUGGUUGCGGCAACGACGGUUGCGGCCUGUUCGGUUGCGGCGGUGGGUGCGGCAUCUUCGGCUGCGGUGGUGGUUGUGGCCCCUUCGGUUGCGGUGGCGGAUGUAGCCCCCUCGGAUGCACACCCAGCUGCCCCCUUGGACUGUGCGGUGGCCCUGGGUGCCUCAUUCCAGGUGGCUGCGGAAAUACACAAGGCACCAAUGGCGGCGACAGCAGCAAUGACUGUGAAGCCACCGUCACUGCUUCGGCGUGCACGCAUCUGGUGACGAGCUACAGCGCUUGGUACAUGGCUUCGUCCACGACGACGACCGAGACCACAUGCGUGACGAGCACAGGUUGCAACGGACAGGAUACUGUGGUUAAAACGACGCCUGGCAGCCCGGAGUGCUCGCUGGAUCCCGAUAUCGCGGCAGCCUACUCUGCUGAACGGGCAGCUGACCAGACAAUUAUUGGCGGGAAGCAGGUCCCGUUAGCAUUCGCACCGACAAAUGGGCCGGGCUACGAUGGAUCGACGUUUACCGCUAAGCAAUUCGGUUUGACGGAGACUAUCACGGUUAUCAAAACAUCGACUGUGACAAACACAGCGACGAAGACAACGACGGUGGUGGUGCCGCCAACCGCAACGGCUGAUUGUGCCAGGAUCUCCGAUUUCUUUUACAUAUUCAAUGUGUACAACAUUGAUGGCUGGAGCACAGAUGGCGGCUCGAGGCUGAAAUCCGAAGAAAAGGGCUGCGGUGCGCUCACGGGCUGGCAAUGGCAUGAGCGCACCUCUACACGGCGCGCAAGGGCCUACUUCCAGCUUCCUUUCAUUAUGAAGUCUGGCUGUGUCGAGCGUGCCAUCGUGUCCGCUGGCGGCCCCAAGUUGUCCUGUACCUUCGAAGGCUACGACUUCAUCCUCAAGAAACGAUCCGAGGAGAUGAGUAAAGCAUCACUGCCGAUGCGCAGACGCCAACUCAUCAGCGAUACGGCCAGUCUCCCGAGCCGCACGGAAACCGGCACGCGCACAGAGACCAGCACGCGCACAGGGACUGCUGGCCUAUACACGCCCGAGCCGUGGGGCCCAGGCUUAACAGAGACGUUCAUGACUACCAUGGACGAGAUCUCGAAGUCAACGUAUACCACGGAGAUCGUGUUGGCUUCAAAUGAAGUGACGAUGACGGGCACCACGUCUGGCACCGUGUCUGACAUCACGACGUCAACCACCAGCUCCACCGUCCCAACUAGCACAUCGAAUCUCUCCACUGAUGGCCUCUGUGGUGCUGCUAAUGGCGGAACAAUCUGCUUCGGCACGGCCUUCGGCGACUGCUGCUCCGAGUACGGAUACUGUGGUGAUACGAGCGGGCACUGCGGUUCGGGAUGCCAAAGCGACUUCGGCAUCUGUAAUGCUAUUACCGGCCCACCUGUAUCGACGGACGGCACGUGCAGCUCCCUCAGCACCCCCGGAGGCGCGACAUGCGCUGGUUCGGCGUUCGGCGACUGCUGCUCUGCGAGCGGCUACUGCGGAGCCACGGCUGCGUAUUGCGGGACAGGGUGUCAGGCGGAUUUCGGGAUGUGUUCCUCGAGCGGCCCGCCAGUGUCAACGGAUGGGCUCUGUGGUCAACCCAGCGGCACGACGUGCGAGGGCUCGGCAUUUGGCGACUGUUGCUCUGAGUAUGGGUUUUGCGGGGCCACGAAUGCGUAUUGUGGGACGGGAUGCCAGGCAGCAUUUGGGACCUGUGCCUAA